AUGAAAUCCCGUGAUAGGGAGAUGUUCAAAGUUGGACCAAUUGGGUCAAUUCAUGAUAAUCAUAAGAGUCUGGAGUGGGACGAGAAGGGACGCAACAUGAUCUCUAGUAUAUAUGUUGCUUUCGACAGCGAUGGCAUAAAUUGUAUUCAGUUUAGCUAUCCUGAUCAGAACGGAGGUGAUCAUGUCGUGUCUGAAAGGUAUGGUGCGUCGGCCGAUACCAUGAAAAAAAAGUACAAAGCUCAAUCCCACGAAAUAUUAACACUGUUGUUUACAAUGUAUAGUUUGUUUUCGUACGUACUUGUUCCUGAUGACCACGUUAAAACAAAUUUAUGCAAUACACAGGUGAGACUGAAGGACGAUGAGUUUGUGAUCGGGUUGAGUGCAAUACAUUGUAUGGAACUCACGUCUUUGAACAUUCACACUAAUCAGGGGAAGCACGGCCCGAUUUGUCAUAAAUUUACAUCAGUAAAUGUGGAUCACUAUAAGAGGGAACUUGAUGUGAAGAUCCGUGAUCGUCGUGAGUUUGGUGGUUUCUUUGGGUCUUUUGAUGACUGUGGCAAUCUGACUUCCAUUGGCAUUUAUGUGUGUCCCAUUACAAGGAUCAGUGACGCACCCCUCAGAACCAACUACAAAGUCACCCAAGUCGCCGACGACGACGACGACGACGACCAACCCACUCUCUACCAAUCAUCUGAUCAUCCUUUAGCCACAGUCAACCAUAAUGAGACGCGUGAAUAUCCAAUGCCUCAUGAUCAUGAGGUCUCUGAUGGUUAUCAUGUCAAGGCCAUCGCUCAUAAGCCCAAGUUCGAAGACAAGAUGAGUCUCUACCAAUCAUCUGAUCUUCUAGCCAGAAGCACUAACAAUCGGACACUUGAGUAUCAAAUGCCUCAUGAGUUCUCUGAUGGUUAUCAUGUCGAGCCCUUUGGUCGUACGCCUAAACUCGAAGAUGGGAUAUUCUCCAAGUUGGAGCGCCUUUUCGGAAAUCUCUUGGACUAA